GGCCAUUUCCUAACUCUGAAUCAUGUCUGAUAACGGAGAACUGGAAGACAAGCCUCCAGCACCCCCUGUGCGAAUGAGCAGUACCAUUUUUAGCACUGGAGGCAAAGACCCUUUGUCAGCCAAUCACAGUUUGAAACCUUUGCCCUCUGUUCCAGAGGAAAAAAAGCCCAGGAAUAAAAUCAUCUCUAUAUUCUCAGGCACAGAAAAAGGAAGUAAGAAGAAAGAAAAGGAAAGGCCAGAAAUUUCUCCUCCAUCUGAUUUUGAGCACACCAUUCAUGUUGGCUUUGAUGCUGUUACUGGAGAAUUCACUGGCAUGCCAGAACAGUGGGCUCGAUUACUGCAGACCUCCAAUAUCACCAAACUAGAGCAAAAGAAGAAUCCUCAGGCUGUACUGGAUGUCUUAAAGUUCUAUGACUCCAACACAGUGAAGCAGAAGUACCUGAGUUGUACUCCUCAUGAGAAAGAUGGCUUCCCCACCGGAACACCAGCACUGAAUACCAAGGGUUUAGAAACAUCCACAGUAGUAACAGAGGAAGAUGAUGAUGAUGAAGAGGCUGCUCCUCCUGUCAUUGCCCCACGACCAGAUCAUACAAAAUCAAUUUACACACGGUCUGUAAUUGACCCUAUUCCUGCACCAGUUGGUGAUUCUAAUGUUGAUAGUGGUGCCAAAUCUUCAGACAAACAGAAAAAGAAGACUAAGAUGACGGAUGAAGAGAUUAUGGAGAAAUUAAGAACUAUUGUCAGCAUAGGUGACCCCAAGAAAAAAUAUACAAGAUAUGAAAAAAUUGGACAAGGGGCUUCUGGCACAGUUUUCACUGCUAUUGAUGUCGCAUUGGGACAGGAGGUUGCUAUUAAACAGAUAAAUUUACAGAAACAGCCCAAGAAGGAAUUGAUCAUUAAUGAGAUUCUGGUAAUGAAAGAAUUAAAGAACCCCAAUAUAGUUAACUUCUUAGACAGUUACCUGGUGGGAGAUGAAUUGUUUGUGGUAAUGGAGUACCUGGCUGGUGGGUCACUUACUGAUGUUGUAACGGAAACCUGCAUGGAUGAAGCACAGAUUGCUGCUGUAUGCAGAGAGUGUUUACAGGCACUGGAGUUUUUACAUGCUAAUCAAGUGAUCCACAGAGACAUCAAAAGUGACAAUGUGCUUUUGGGGAUGGAAGGAUCGGUUAAACUUACCGACUUUGGUUUCUGUGCCCAGAUCACCCCUGAACAGAGCAAGCGAAGCACCAUGGUUGGAACGCCUUACUGGAUGGCACCAGAGGUGGUUACGCGGAAAGCUUAUGGCCCUAAAGUGGACAUUUGGUCUCUGGGUAUUAUGGCUAUUGAGAUGGUAGAAGGAGAACCUCCAUACCUCAAUGAAAAUCCCUUGCGGGCCUUGUACCUGAUAGCAACUAAUGGAACCCCAGAACUUCAGAAUCCAGAGAAACUUUCCCCAAUAUUUCGGGAUUUCUUAAAUCGAUGUUUGGAGAUGGAUGUGGAGAAAAGGGGUUCAGCCAAAGAAUUGUUACAGCAUCCUUUCCUGAAACUGGCCAAGCCACUGUCUAGCUUGACACCAUUGAUCAUGGCAGCUAAAGAAGCAAUGAAGAGUAACCGUUAACAUGAUUGCCAUGGCUUCAUAUUCUUUCUUCCAUUUUCUGAAAGAAGUCUGUUAAUAUAUGAAAAUUAUUACUCUUUUGGGGAGUUUGAAAGAAAUGGUCUGCGUAACAUGGAAGAUAAAAGCAAACUACUCCCCGAAGAUAGCCAAGACAAGAUUUCAAGAAAGAAUGAUGACUUUGAAUUGACCCCCUUCUUUAGGGUCCAAAAGGAAUUAUGGACUGAAUCACUAGCCUUACAUCUUUCGGCACACAGCCCACCAGGGCCAUUUAUCAUGCUUGAGAUUUGCAUUUUAUUUUAUUUUGCUGACUUUGUUGUAAUAGAUCCCAUUCAUUGUCCCCUUU